AUGAACUUCUUCAACUCAAGUCAGAGUGGUGACUCUCGCAUCACAGGCGCCCUGAUUCAAAUCAGAAGCACAGGAGAUGACGGUGCUCAUCUUGAGCACAGGCGACAGAUGGCCAUGGCGGGCGGUGCAGCACCUUCGUGUCACAUUCGAGUUGCUGAUAUUGAAAUGGCCGAGUCAUUGAUCGAGUAUCAUUUCGGCGAGGUGAAGCAGCUGCGGUUCGGAGUUCGACAAUGCAUCAUGGACAUAGGAGAGUUCGUCGAUCCAGAAGGAAACUUGAUCGGACUCGUGUCUCUUCACCCGGAAAAUGCUACAACCGCCAUGAGCGUGGAUGGAUGA